AUGUCGCAACCCGCCCAGACACCCAGCUACAUCCCCGCCGAGAACCUCGACUCUAGCGACAAGGAUGGUAGCGCCUCGUCGCACCACUUCCAGCGCGCCCAUCGCAAGAAUGGAGAGCUCGAGCUCGGUGUCACCGAGAUCCUCCAGGGCCGAACCGAUGUCGCCUCGGCGCAGGUCGCGCAGUCUUCCGGUCUGGCAGACUGGUCCGGCCGUGUUCGAUUGGAGCAAGCAAUGCCCCGCCUGAUCCCUGCUUUGAUUGCAGAGUUCUUCGGAACCAUGUUCUAUUGUCUCGCUGGUGAGAUGGCCACCGCCGGUUACCUCAUCACAACGUACGGAGGAUCUCCUCAGGGUAACCUCACCAUGAUCGGUUUCGCCUAUGCUUUCGGUAUCACUUUCGCCAUCGUUGUCUGCGCCACCACCUCGGGUGGUCAGUUCCACCCCGCCUUCACCAUCGCUCAAGUUGUCUUCAAAGGUUUCCCCAUCAAGCUGGCUCCCUUCUACAUCUGCGCUCAGAUCGUCGGUGCCAUGGUUGCUUCGCUUAUCGUCAUUGGUUCGUGGCACGAUGAGCUGAUGAAGAUCACCGCCUUGCUGCACGCUACUGGAAAGAGUGCCGUCAUCUUCUCCGCCGAAGGCCCCGCUGGUGCCAUCGCGCUCUUCCCGACCGCCGGCCGAUCCCUCGGUUCGAUCUUUGUCAACGAAUUCUUCGCCGACAUCCUUGUCGCCAUGAUCGUAUGGGCCAACCUCGACGCUGCCAACCCAUUCACCGGUCCUCAAGUCGCACCCUACACCAUCGGACUGGGUUUCGCCGUCGUCGUUUGGUGUUUCUCUUCGUCCAACGUCGCAGCCAACUCUGCACGUGAUGUUGGAGCCCGUUUCGUGUGCGGCAUGUUCUGGGGAAAGGAGUGCUUCCCUUCCGGUUACUCGGCGUUGGCUGCUUUGACCAACAUCCCAGCUACGCUCAUCGGAUGCGGUAUCUACACUUUCUUCCUCAGCGACACCCGUCGUCCCCCCGCUACCGUCGCCCUUAACCACCUGCACGAGGAGCACGUUAGGUCCAUCGAGAGGGCCGAGACUCUCCACGCAGAGAUGCUCGACCAGAAGAUCGCCCAGACCCUCAGCCGUGGUGGCGACGCUUCGGCGCUGCAGAAGAAGCGAACCAACCUCAGCGCCAAGAACUUCUGA